AGUCCGCCAGUAGGCCACGUCGCGUUCGCCCGCGCGCCUCUCGUGAGUCGUGACAGGCAGCCCGCGCACCGCGCCGCGCGUCUCUCGUCUUCUCUCUCAUGAAAGGGCAAGUGUCGAGCAGCGGCCGGGCGCACGCACGCACCCCACGAAACCACAGGCUUGUCACGGGAGAUCGAUGCCAAAGCAAUAGCUAGCCGGAGCGAAAGAAAGCGGACACCGCGAUUAUAUUACUGCGGAGCGGCAGGGCAGCAGCAUGGCGGAGCGGAAGAUCGGCGUGGCGAUGGACUUCUCGCCGAGCAGCAAGAAGGCGCUGCGUUGGGCGAUCGACAACCUGGUCCGCAGGGGCGACACCCUCGUGCUCCUCCACGUCCGGCACCACGGCCGUGAGGAGGGCAAGAACGUCCUCUGGUCCCGCACCGGAUCGCCGCUGGUCCCGCUGGAGGAGCUCAUGGAGCCGCCCGUGAGGCAGCGCUACGACGUGCCGUAUGACGCGGAGGUGUUCGACAUGCUCAACGCCGCGGCCCGGCAGAAAGAGAUGCGCGUGGUGGUCAAGAUGUACUGGGGUGACCCGAGGGAGAAGGUGUGCGACGCGGUGGAGGAGCUCCAGAUCGAGUCGCUCGUCAUGGGCAGCCGCGGCCUCGGCCAGAUCCAAAGGAUUCUGCUGGGAAGUGUGACGAACUACGUGCUGUCCAAUGCGUCAUGCCCCGUGACCGUCGUCAAGUCGAAGUAGUGGCUCUGGCCUUUCAUUUCCAGAAAGAUGAAUCUGCAGCUAACCUAUACGCAAACCGAAACAACUAAAUCCGAUAUAUUGCACCUUACGUUUCAGCUGUUUUCACUCCAUGAUUUGUUUUAUUUUUCUAGAUGUACCUGGACACUGUUGUUUUCGUGAAAAAGGCUGCCAGAUAAACUGCCAGCUUGUAUCACUACAUGAGAAAGUCACUGGACAGCAUCACUAUACCAUUUCUUUUUAACAA